AUGUCAACGAUGAAAGCAAUGAUGAGUGGGCUUAGUGGGGAAAACUCCGAUAAUCUUGACCACUUCAAGGACACCGCACCUCUCUGUUCUCCGGACUUGGAUACCAGCAGUGACAUCCUUCUUUUCAACAACAUUCUCCUCUAUCGCGAUAUGCUAUUUUACUGGGAAUUUAGGUCGAGUAUCAAGGACAGCGAUAUCGGACGAACCUUUGAGGUAAUCAAGCGCCCUUUAUCCCAGUGGCUUCGAGUGUGGUUUUUUGGAGCCAGUGCUACCAAUUAUGGUCAAGAGUUGCUGCAUCAAGCCCUUGAUCUCUGGUUCCACUUCACCGAAAAAAUGAAGAAUGCAGUUUUUAACAAUUAUGUCAUUAGCCCAUCUGGGAGGGGCGAUGGUUGCAGACGAGACCUGCUUCAAGAGCACAGCAACUUCUGGCUCAAGCAGGUUUUUAAUGGACACUUGGCCAAGUUCGAUUCCAGCUUCUUGCGGCGCUUAAAAGCAGAUAUUGCAGUGGACAUCAACUUCCUUGGCCAUUCAUAUCUUACGCAGCGCCACCAUAUCUACCAGCCUGGCCAAGUUCAGUCUUUCUUGGCAGUGGACAGUAUUGAGCGAGGAUCUGCCAAGCUUGAAGAGGGGGCAUUACAGAAGUUUCUCGAUAAGCACUUCUAUCAAAAAUAA